AUGGACUCAGUUCUAACACGCUCGGCCUUUACGCCUACUCGUGCAAAGUCCGCUGGGGCCAGAGAGCCUAUGGAAGACACCGACGCUUCCGGCACAAGGAAACGCCCUCGCUUGGACAGUGGAGACCGAUUUUACAGAAGCAUGUCUGCCGACAGACUGGGAGCUACCCCGACCGACCCUGAGCUUGCUAAAGAUCCAACAACACCUCCACGCGCCCACAUCUCAUCCCAUCCCUCAGAAACAGCUGGUGGGCUCCCAUCUAUGAGCCUUACACCCAGCAAAGAAGUGACCAUCAACGUCCGAGAACCCAGCACGAUCACCUCUCCAACACAGACAUCCGCCCAAAUCGGUGGCACACCUUCGUUGCGGGGUGGAGGCGGAGGUGACCAUGUCCCGUCUAGCUCUAAUGACCCGUCCAGCAAAUUGGACUCUUCGCCAUCCAAUGUCAUCUCCGUGACCUCCUCUCCUCCGCGCAGCCCCGAGAUUGAAGUCGCCGAGAUCGAAGAUAUGAAUGAUGAAUCAGGAGAGACAAGAUGGAAACCUUUGAUAAGCGCCACAAGUCUCAUGGAUGCGAAGGACAUCCAACAGAGUGUAUUAGAAGACUUUCCGUAUCUAGGUGAGAGGAGCAGGAACCUGCGGAAAACUGUAGCUGUGCUCGCCCAGACCUUUGAGAAGGGUGACCUCGAUGAUGGUGAAUACUUUCGCCGUCUAUCCAUCUGGAUCGAAAUGUAUCUUGAAACAACAGAGCCACACACCUCUCAGUGGUGGGAGAUGUACCAUGAACAGCGUGCCUUCUGGGAAGAGUUUCCUUCCUUGGUGGACGGCCUCUUGAAACGAAGCAACAAGAUUGGGAAUGUCAAGUUGGCGCAAUCGAGUAUUGGCGAUACGACGAGCAGCAUCGACCCUCUGCAGGAUUUCUUCGUUGCGUACACAGCAUUGGCUAUGCGAAUGGCCCGAAUCGAUAACCAGACGCUGGCUGGACACUUGGAAGAUCCUGGGAAUCCUCCAGAUCUGAUCUGCAAUCGCUAUCUUAUCUUUUUGAACCAACUCCAAAGCCAUACGUCUCCAUUCUGGAAGUCCGUCGUCGAUACAUCGAGGUACGACGUCAAAGUCCCAGUGACCGCAAUAGUCAGCAGAUUCAUACAACCACCAGCAAGUGGUAUCAGAUGUAUGACCGAAAUCUGUAGAGAACUCUUCGAGCGUUCCCAAAAAUGUCCCGUUAUAACUCAAAGUAUUUGGGUCCACUUAAACAUCGCCAAUAAGGUGAUGAAUCAUUACCGAGUUUUGCAAAGCAGCAGUGCGGCGACCGAGGAGGCGUGGCUCCCCUCGUUAAGGGAUCUGCCUUAUCAAAUGUAUCAGUUCUUCGCGGUCAUUGACAAUCAGUUCCAGACCUUGAUCAGCAAGCAGGUCUCGGCCUUGUCCAUCGAAACUAGUCAAGGCCUUGUCAAUGGGAUGUCAACGCUUCUUCAGAAUAUAGCGUGCUCAGACGAGCAGCUGACCCGCAAGUAUAUACACGAAGAACUUGCUCUUACUCAAGAUUUCGACAGGGAUGAUGGGGCUCUUCUUGUCGAGUUAGCUUGGAAAUUUGGGUUGUUGAAGAAGUGCAUUCUUGAAGGCCGGAUGGAAAUCAGAGUCCAGGGUGUCGAUACAAUGCAGCUGGAGUUGGUGCAAGUGUAUCAAAAAUACGUCCAAAAUCGCGAAGGCGGUAAAGACCAUCCGACAGCCCAGUAUCUUUCCGACUUCAUGCUCGAUAACAAGCUUGUGGAUUAUUUCGUUGGUGUUGAAUCCCACCCACAGCUAAUCAACAGAUGUGCCAAUAUUGUGGGUUUUCUUGUUGUCACAGGCAGAUAUACCGAAGUUCAGUCGGAUGUCAUUUGGAAAGGAGUCGUCACAAGUCCAGAUUCACGAUUCAUCGAUGCAUUACUAAUUAUGCUAAACGGUAUCUUCAACAUCGCCGGCUACCCGAUACUACUUUACCUGACAGCGAAACUCAACGAAAUUCCAAUUCAUGCUUUUGAUGCCAGCAUGAACAAUUAUGGCAGAACGCUGCUUGACCAUCUUCGAAGAACGUGGAGCCUGAGCCAAAGCGAGAACCCUGUUUUCCCCCAGAGGAUGGAUAUGGCACCGUUCCACUUAUGCAUUCGGCUCAUCCGCCAAUCUUUAGCCGAGAGCUCUUUGGAGCACUCGAGAAAGCGAGAGAUUCACAAUUUCGCAAGAAACGAACUUGCAAGCUUGCUCGAGUUUGGACCUAGUGAUUCGGACAGAAAAGCCAUCUACAAGGAAUGCAUCAAAGACAUUUCAGAUCGGACCGAAUAUGCGACAGGCAGUAUUUCCGCCAUGUCUGCUCUGAUUAACCAGAACCCAGAAGGGGAAAUAAUAAUGUUAACUAAAGGGUCGAAUGUGACAUCUCUGAUGAUCGAAGAGUUCGCGCAUAUGAUAGACAUCGAACGAUCUUCAAACGGUCACUCUCAGAUGCUUGAAGAGCGCUUGGACAUCCGUUGCAACCUUAUCCAACACAUCAUAGUUUCAGCCCCAGACACUAUCACCACCAGCGCUGGCGGUAAACUAUGGGACUUUGCAGUAGGGUCUCGGGCGCCUCAUGACCGGGCCCGCUCAUAUGGCUGGAUGUGCUUCCUCAAAGCAUUACGACGAUGCAAGGCCACCGAGAAUCCCUUUGUUGACCAACUGAUCAAAGAGUAUCUUCCCCGACUACAACCCCGGUACUACAACAGUGGUUGCCUGCAAUUCGUCCAAGAGGUUGUCCAUUACCAAUCAUGUAUGGCAACAUCCCGACUCGAUAAGGACGCUAAUGGAGGGCCGACUGCAACAGAUCUACUUUGGCAAUUGUCACUGACAGCGCCUCCGGGUAGCAUAGAACAUAAAUCCAUCAGCUUGCUUGUUGCAUUGUGUCUUGAUUCGCCAGACGUUCAACGCAGAACACAGGCUGCGACUGACGCCAUACACAUCGAGAUAAUUCAACGUUGUAUCCGACAAUUGAGCUCCGCGGCCUCCAAGUUACGAUCUUACAGCGACGGGACAUCCAGUGGGGAAGAUGAACCAAUGGUAAUUGUUGCCUCCGAAGAUGAGGUCCAGGCGCAAAAGUUGUGCUUCUCCAGAUCUCUCAUGAUACUAAAGGAGUUCAUUCACGGCGUUCGGUCACGUCCCCAAUACAGCCCCCAGCCACAGAGUCAGCCUCAGCUGCCUCAAGAAUCCCGCGGGCUCAAAGGCGACCCUAUCAGUAUCCGUUACCAAUCGUUUAGUGGUGGUGCAGGUACUGACAUUCGAACGCUGGAAGUUGGGGACCUUGAGACCAUACAAGACUUGUCCAGUCGCUUGAUCUCAUUGACAAGCUUUCCCAAUUUUAGUGCAAUUGCAGGGGGUCAAGUCUUGAAUUUGAAGAGUAUCGCUAACCAGACGCUCCGAAGUCUGAAGUUCGAUCAGAAGGGUCUUCUCAUUGUCAGGAGAGUUGCAGAUGCUGAGUCCGUGCCACCUCUUUCUCAAGCAUCCGGUUUGCGGCCGGUCGAGCUAGAAAUACUGGCUCAUUUCUCCGAAUUGUAUCAGCUGUUGGGUAUGGAGGACAAGCUUGCCAAAGAAGUCCAUGAGUUUUUGGUUGCGUUUCCGCCUCACAGCAGUAUUACGGCAUUGAUUCUUUCCCAAGACACGACGCUGGAAGCUGUCUUUCCUCCGACCGCGCCCUUCAAAAUUCUCUACUCGGUCUACGCGCUCAGGACUUGCCUGGUACAGCAGACGCAGAAUGGUCCUGCGAACGUUGAUUUCAUACAUCAUGGCAUUCAGUUAUUGAGUGCAACCAUGUCGACACUGAACCUCAACCUUGGGUCGCAUGGCGCCGAAGUCGAUAUCGUCGUGGCAUUAGGCCUCGUAGACUGUCUACAUAUGUUCCUCAAAGAGCCUAUGCCUGCCGAAGUCGGCUUGUCGGUGUUCCCCAAUCCACUGGCGCUCCUGAAGCGUCUGCUGUCCAUGAUCUCAGAGGCUCUUACCGUAUUGAACAGCUCCGAGGCCGAUUUCCUGGCUAUCAACUCCUUUGCGGCCCUUUUAAAAGCAUCUCUCUGCUCCGAUACUUUCUGGAAACACCUCAAGGACGCGGAUGUGUGCUCCGAGCUCUUGCAACGACUUUUGCUCGACGAACCAAAGUGGCAGACACGUGUCAGAGUGGCUGAGUGGGUAAAAAGUAUAUGUCGAUCUCAAUCUGCAUCCCAAACAGCAACAGCGGAAAACUUCAACUCUUACCUCUGGGAGAACAUAGCGAAGGUUAUUCCUCAUUGCCUUCAAUAUAGAAACACAGCCUCGCAACAGUUCUUUGAAGUUGCGACGCUCCUCUUCAGAUCGACUGGUGACGCAUAUUAUGGGACGCUCGAUGUAUCGAGUUACGUUCAUGGUUGGAGCGGACUACUUUUGAAACAUGAACACGAAGAGUUCGUGGGUCGCGACCAGAUAGACUGGAUUGUCCUUGGACUUUCUUCUCUGCUGAACUGGUCUUUCCAGGUCCUUAAGUCGCUGGGCAAGCCUUUGGAAGCGCCUGACGGCCUUGCGGAAAAGCUCUUCCGAGCUCACCUCUUUCCUGAGAUACCAAGUUCCAUCAAUGGCGCUCUGACCCAGACUCGAAUGCCGAAUCUCUUUACGAGAACGCGUGAGGAAAUUUACUCCAUCAUCUUGGCGUUGAGCAAUGACAUGGGUGGUUAUCAAAAAUUGCUGAUGCUUGUCAGAGAUUUGCUCUCCCAAGGUGAGGAAUCCCAGGCAUGGUCAUGGGGUCUCGCUCAAAUCUCAGAAGAAUGUCACUAUGAGCCGAACCUCAACUUCGAUCGAACAAAAUGCAUCCGAGCUCCAGCAGGAUAUCCUGGCCUAAGGAAUCUAUCCAAUACCUGCUAUAUGAACUCUUUGUUCACUCAGCUCUUCAUGAACGUCAAAUUCCGAGGAUUCAUGCUCAACACCAAUGUUGCAGAUGGAUCCUCAUCCCAGAGACUGCUCCACGAAACCCAACAGCUGUUUGCUUUUAUGCAAGAGUCGAUGCUGAAAUUUGUGGAUCCCUCGGGCAUCGCGGAAUCCCUAAUCACGUAUGACAAUACCGCCAUCGAUGUCUCAAUACAAAUGGAUGUUGAUGAGUUCUACAACUUGCUCUUUGACAGAUGGGAGAGUCAGAUCUUGUCCGGCGCCGACAAAAAGACAUUUCGCGCUUUCUAUGGCGGCCAAAUUGUGCAGCAAAUCAAGUCUAAGGAGUGUUCACACAUCUCUGAAAGAUUGGAACCUUUUUCGGCGAUUCAAUGUGACAUUCAGGGGAAGCUGACAUUACUGGACAGUCUCAACGCCUAUGUGGGUGGGGAGGUCAUGGAAGGAGACAACAAAUACUCCUGUACAUCAUGCGGCUGUUAUGUUGAUGCAGUUAAAAGGGCUUGCCUCAAGGAUAUCCCGAAUAAUCUCAUAUUCCACUUGAAGAGGUUCGACUACGAUGUCAUGACUGGUAUGCGAAGUAAAAUCAACGACAUCUUCGAAUUUCCAGAACAGAUUGACAUGGCUCCUUAUCAUGUCGAUUAUCUGAAAGAUCCGGGGGAGUCAGCUUCGACCGAUUUGUUCAACCUCGUCGGUGUGCUCGUUCAUAGCGGUACCGCCGAAUCCGGCCACUACUACUCGUACAUUCAGGAGCGCCCGUUAGGCUCUGCAAGCGGCAAGACAUGGGUCGAGUUCAAUGACAUCGAUGUGGUACCUUUCGACAACUCACAUAUUCCGGAUCAGUGCUUUGGAGGCUUCAACGAAUCUUCCGGUUACUCGUCACGUUAUUUGAAGUCCUGGAAUGCGUAUAUGUUGUUCUACGAGAGAUGCGACCCCAAAUCGCCACACGACGAAACUCAUUCUCCCAAAUCGUUUGGGGUCCCAGCCAAGAGUCCAAUGCCGACUGAGAUCGAAACCCCUGUCGCUUUCAAUAACGGGGGUUGGCUUCGGACCUAUUGCAUGUUCGAUCCGGCGCAUGCAGCCUUCGUAAGACAACUUCUGGAGCAGCUUCGGAUCGUGAACGAAGACAAGUGUACGGAAGACCAUGGAAUGGAGAAGGAAGCCAUUCUGCUGUCGUUAGAUCAUCUCGACAGGGUACUAUCGAGAUCCAAAGAUUGUCCCGAUUUUGGGAAGAUGCUUGCUUCGCUAACCAAAGUUAUCGGUUCUUGCUCGACCUGCUGCAGAAUCGCCCUAGACUGGGUGCUGCAUCAUGAGUCCGCUCUGCGUAACCUGCUGCUCCGCUGUCCUUCUCCGAAAGUCCGCAAGGACUUUGCUGGCAUGAUCCUUGUUGCACUCAAGCAUCUUCGAAACAACGAGCCGCGGUGGUUUGGCUUUGACGAAGCAGACGAGAUCGCGCGCGUAACAUCAAGAAAGGAUAUGCACCCGGAUGGUGUCUUUCCAAGACUCGUUCGCCGUCUGAAAGACCUUUGGAACUUCAUGCCUGUACACAUACGCGCCUGGGAUGACUACUUUGGUCUGUUGGCCGAAAUGGUCCUGUUCGGGGUACAUGAGUGUCACGUUCUUCUAAACCAAGGAUUUCUUUCAGGCUGUCUGGAAAUUCUGCUUGUUGACAACCCCAAAGUUCCACGACUCCGCAACGAGCAUCCUCACUACGGCCAUUAUUUCCGCCUUGUGGAGAAGGGCCGAAACUUCUCCUUGAACAAGCUCACCGAGCUGCUCGCCAACCUCCUGGACAAAGUGGAACUACGAGACGAAACCGUACGGGGAACCCGUGAGCGCAAGGUGAGGAAAGACGGAAUGCCGUUGACUUUUAUUGAGGAUCAAUACAUGCGUUUCGGAUGCGACCUUUCACGCUCGAAGGAUACUUGUGUAUUUUUGACCAAGAUCCUCGAAGCGGGCAGCAAUCCGCCAGCUACGAAGAGAAUAAUCCGAGCGAUGGUCCUUGCAGAGCCGGACUUUGGCACGCUCACACUGGUUCAGAAUACGAUCAUCAGUGGCAUCAACAUCGAUCCGGCAACUUUGGCUGCGCCUUUUCUGCGCGCCGCAAUCGUCUUUUGUGAAUCUUGUCCAGCGGAAAUCAAUGCCCGGCAUGUCAUCAACUACAUUGCUGGAGAGGUCGACACAAUUGGGGUGUUUGGAGGGCGGGAGCAUCUCGACUUUUUUACCCAGGCACGCCGAAUACAAAGCCUAAGCCUUGAGAGAUCGCCAGACUUCUUCAAUCGCUGCGUCCUGAAGACAGUGCCGCAAUGGGCGCCUCCAUUAGUGAUGUACUUUGAGGAGCCUGUGCGAAAUAGCACAAUCGACCUCCUUAAGACGCUUGUAUUUGGCCAUGACAUCAAGGCCAUGGAUGACGAGGAGUAUGCUGAACUUAUCGAAAGGGUUGGGAGAGAUCUUCAAGUAGCUUGUACGAGGCGCUGCCACUUAUUGGUGCAGGCGCAGAAGACCCAGGACGCCAAGAGCGUGGAACAGGUCAUCACUGUUAUCAGACACUGUCUUCAGAUGUACUACGGACCGGAACAUGAUCAAAGGCCUAUUGUUGAAGCCGAAAAUAUCGUAGCCAGCCUAGAGGCUUUGACGGUUUCUGAUGUGGAUGAAGCGGCUUCAGAAACUUGGAACAAUGCAUCCGACGACAUACCUACAGACUCAGAUUCGGAGUUCCCCUCUCCGUAG